GCCUUUUAGCGCUUAACUCCCAGGAAAACACUCUACCACAAUAAUUUAGUCUCAACCCAGAGCCUCUAUAGCUGACAUAAACAAGAUAUUGUUGUGUGAAGGCUGUCUAUGCUGUAAACGCAGUGCUAUGGCAUCCAGGUAAGUAGAUACACUCGUGACAAACAAACAAACAAACGAACCACUAUACCCAUGGCCGCCCACGCGCGCCUCGGGUAACAAACAGCUGUAUGUAGUAUGAGGUACAAGUAGGCACAGGCAUGUAUAGAUUAACUAACAUCUGCAUGUAGUGUGUUGUAUAUGCAUACUUGGUUUCUAGGCAUAAUUAUAACUAUUAUGCAGGACAGUGCUUAUGUAAGGAUUGUCCAUUGUUAAGAUUGUCCAUUGUACAGAACAGUAGGGAUUGUCCAUUGUGGCAGGAUCGUCCAUUGUGGCAGGAUUGUCCAUUGUGGCAGGACGUAUAUAGUUAAGGAUUGUCCAUUGUGGCAGGAUCGUCCAUUGUGGCAGGAUUGUCCAUUGUGGCAGGACGUAUAUAGUUAAGGAUUGUCUAUUAUUGUCUGGGGUGGUAAGUGUCAUAUUAUAGCAUCUAUCUCCUACUAUACAGUGCCGUAUAUAAUAAUUAUAAUCAAGUUACAUGCUUCAGAAUAACAGUGGCUAAACCAAUAGACAAUGUGAUAGCACCAACCAUACAGCUGGUCACCAGUAAGCACCACAAUACAGUUAUGGGCACAUAUAAUUUUAUUACAAGUAGUAUACAAGAAUAAUUAUAUGUAAAGGCACACCAGACUGACAGACAGUGGUAUUUUUGUUUUGUUUCACAGGUGGCCUGUGAAUUAUAUUAUACUAGAAUUGGAACAAUGAAUUUGCAUUGCAAACAUAAUGUUUAUACAGAAACUGCAGUGUUCAUCACAUGACAUAUGGGGUAGGCUGACAGACUACCAGACAGUGAUCUUUGUUUCACAGGCCACUAGUGAAUUACACUUAAAAACAAUGAAUUUCCUGCUCUGAUUUCUGCAUUGCCAACUGCAGCGUCCAUCGAUCACAUGACAUACGAUAGGCUGAACAAUAAACCACAAUAAAACCAUUAUAAUAAGGGACAAUUAUCACAUUGUUGUCAAUAAUUUUAACUUGUUAAAAAACGAGCACCACCGGUAAGCUUUGCUAGAGAAAACCUAACUGAUCAUGAAUACCAUUCAAUGGACUCACCUAGUUACACAGUGCUGACGCGGCUACUCUAUGUCUCCAGUGGCACACACGUGUGAGUACCUGAUCAAUGGAGCGUACCACACACUUGCACCUGGCGCCAUUACGACUAGCUAGUACUACUUCCUAUAAUAGCCCAUUGUCCCAUCUUCCUAAACCAUCGUGCACUCCUAUAGCAUUCCCCUUAUAGGCAUGACAUCAUCAUCUCUUACCCGGUAACCGGGACAUUCUAAUACCCCCUAGGCUAGUAUUAUACUUAUGAUAAAUGUGAGGGGACUGCACCUGGGCACAAGAAAACAUAUAACACAAAACAAGCUUCCCAAGUUCCCUGUGAUAAUCUAAUUAAUUUUGUUUACAUAAUUAUAGUCAGCAUACAUGUAUACAAGUAUACAGGACUGGAAUACUGCAUUGGCUUCCGUUCCACCAAGGAGAUGUAAAAUUCCCAUUACAUCAUACGUAUUUUGGUGAGCUAGCUAGCUACCGUAAUCUGAUAACAGUGAGAGUCAAAGAGCACCUAAUUAUAGGCACUCAGCUAUAAUCCCCUAGGGCAGUACACCACUACAAUGGAAUGUAGGUAGUGACAAUUUUAUACUAGAAUUCAAACAGUGAGAAAAUUAUAAAUUUGUAGCGGAAUUGUAACAGUGUUCGAGAAACAAACAGGGUACAUGACUACAUGACUACAUAGCCAUAUAUAUGAAGUAGGUAUUUCUAGGAUACAUAGCUCUAUCAUGUGCGAGGAGGAAACAUUCGAUACCUGUGAAACAAGAUAUGGCUUUCAUUAAUAAUUAUAGCUAAAUCAGCGUUGUGCAGUAUCUCGGAAACACUAUAAUGCUGAUUAUAUCAUGUAACUACGGAGUGGUAUCUAGGAUACAUAGCUGAUGUGCGAGGAGGAAACAUUCGAUACUGACUCGAUCAUCAGUGAAAUAAAAUACGGCUUUCAUUAACAUAGCUGAAUCAGGGUUGUGUAGUAUCUCUAACACGGAAAUGUUAUUAUAUCAAGUAGCUAAGUUUAGUGUAUUAAUGCUUACAGGUAUUCGUCUCGUCUCCUACAUAAAAAAGUAAUAUUAUUAUGUUUUGUAUAUAAUUAUUCACAGCACCAGCCUACACACACUACACACACUACUCACACUACUCACACUACUCACACUAUUCACACUAUUAUAUUCACAGAUCUAGAGGCAGCCAGAGGAAAAAGUACAUAAUUAUUAGGAAAAUGCUAUAAAUAAGUGUAUUCACUGUUUCCUAGUAGUAGUAGUCUACAAGAGUUCCAGUUCCAGUGACAAUAAUAGAAUGUUUAGCAUUGUUACAUACAUGUUCAUAUACAGCUAGCUAGGAGGUUAUAGUGUCAUGGGAUUAUUGAACACAGCCUAUAUAUACUCACACACUCACAAGAGAAUUGUCUUGCUAAUUGACAGCUAGCUACACAAUUGUAAUUGUAAAGCCAGCCCAUAAAUGCAAAGGUCACACUACGUUUAUUUCUGACAAUGCUUAUGAAUAUCAAGGACAUUGUUUCAACAGCUCAAGUAGAUCUGUAUCCCUCACCUGCCAGUAAUGAAUAGCAGAUGUCGGCUACUGACCUCCCCUGGCCCUCAUCUUGUCAGCUGGAGGCUGCACAGAGCCAAGAAGAAGCAUGCAGCUGUAAGACUCCAUAUUGUCAGAGCCAUGUGCGGUGGCAGGACAAGUGGUGGGUGGGCCUUUAAUGACCAGUUGACAUUGAGGAAAGACAUGACAGGGAGUGUGUGUUUUAAAGGGGCCUCUCUUAUGUCCCUAGCAGCUGUCAACAAUCACGACAUAUCUGUCUCUGGUUUUAAAUCACACUGGGUUAAAGUUCUCACUCAUCGGGAAAUACCCGAUCCCUACUGGUCCGUUAAAUGGAUCACUGAGCAUGUGCAGAAGACAAUCGUCCAAUCGGAUUCAUCCCCCCAGGCCCACUGGUUGUCACGGGAACAAGUAGAUGCAGCCAACACAAUGCUGAGUCAGCGACUACUAAGGGUUCCUGUUCAGUACAUCAUUGGUGAAUGGGAUUUCCGGACUUUGACCCUUGCAAUGAGACCGCCCGUGUUCAUUCCGGAGCCAGAAACUGAAGAGCUGGUUGGUCUUGUACUGGACGAGUUGCUUAGUGACCAGUCACGGGGGGACGUUAAGUUCUUGGAUUUGUGUUGUGGCAGUGGGGCAAUUGCCAUCUCUCUGCUCACAGAGUGUGCACAGAUGAGUGGCCAUGCACUGGACAUAUCUGAAGAGGCUGUUAUGCUGACCAGGGAAAAUGCAACAAAGCACGGUGUAUCUGAUCGACUGCACACACUUCACUGUCCCCUUGACGAGUGUCUACAGCAGCUGGAGGAGCACCGGGUGACCUUUGACCUCAUCAUCAGCAACCCACCUUACAUAGCAAGUAGCAGGCUACCUCACGUGCAAGCUGAGGUACAGAGGUAUGUGGAUCAGAGAGCUCUUGAUGGUGGAGAUGACGGCCUGCGGCCGGUUGCUAAGAUACUGUCCAUCUCCAAACAUCUGCUGUCAGAAGAGGGGCAACUUUGGCUGGAGACGGAUACCGGACAGGCUAACGAUAUUCAGAGGCUGCUAUUGACCAAUCACAGCUCAGAGUUGGAGUACAGCACGAGCUACAAUGACUUCACUAACAGGCAUCGCAAAGAGUCCAUUUUUCUGCUGAUUUGCCUCAUUCACAAAGGUUUUUCACCAGCAAAAUAUUAUAUUCUAAAUACGGUCACGGUUCCACAAGCUGACAAGGAGAAAAUGAGGCCUUGCACAUAAUUAACAUUUAACUUCAAUGACCCUUUACCUGUUUGGCUUUUAAUAACUUUACCUGCGGCUUUGUGUCAAUGCAUAAUUAAUAUGUUAUUUAAAUGACCCUUUACCUGUGGUUUGUGUCAACGCAUAAUUAAUAUGUUAUUUAAAUGACCCUUUACCUGUGGUUGGUGUCAACGCAUAAUUAAUAUGUUAUUUAAAUGACCCUUUACCUGUGGCUUUGUGUCAAUGCAUAAUUAAUAUGUUAUUUAAAUGACCCUUUACCUGUGGCUUUGUG